GGGGCUCAGCGCCCGGAGGCCAGGCUCCCAGUAAACGGAGAUGCUGCUGCUGUGGGUGUCGGUGGUUGCAGCCUCGGCGCUGGCAGCACCAGCUCCCGGGGCCGGUGGGCAGAGGCGGGGAGCAGUUCAGGCUUGGCCGGAUGCUCCCAACGUGGUGCUAGUCGUCAGCGACUCCUUCGAUGGAAGGCUAACAUUUUAUCCAGGAAGUCAGGUAGUGAAACUUCCUUUUAUCAACUUCAUGAAAGCACAUGGCACUUCCUUUCUAAAUGCCUACACAAACUCUCCAAUCUGCUGUCCAUCACGUGCAGCAAUGUGGAGUGGGCUCUUCACUCACUUAACAGAAUCUUGGAAUAACUUUAAGGGCUUAGAUCCAAAUUAUACAACAUGGAUGGAUGUCAUGGAGAAGCAUGGCUACCAAACACAAAAAUUUGGAAAACUGGACUAUACUUCAGGACAUCACUCCAUCAGCAAUCGUGUGGAAGCCUGGACAAGAGAUGUUGCUUUCCUACUCAGACAGGAAGGCAGGCCUAUGGUUAAUCUUGCCCCUAAAAAGACUAAAGUAAGAGUGAUGGAAGCGGACUGGAAGAACACAGACAGAGCAGUAAACUGGUUAAGAAAGGAGGCAAGUAAUUCCACUCAACCAUUUGUUCUGUACUUGGGAUUAAAUUUACCACACCCGUAUCCUUCACCAUCUUCAGGAGAAAACUUUGGAUCUUCAACUUUUCACACAUCUCUUUAUUGGCUCAAAAAGGUGUCGUAUGAUGCCAUCAAAAUCCCAAAGUGGCCACCUCUGUCAGAAACGCACCCUGUAGAUUACUACUCUUCUUAUACCAAAAACUGCACCGGGACAUUUACAGACACGGAAAUUAAGAAUAUUAGAGCAUUCUAUUAUGCUAUGUGUGCUGAGACAGACGCUAUGCUCGGUGAAAUUAUUUUGGCUCUUCGCCAGUUAGGUCUUCUUCAGAAGACUAUCGUCAUAUACACCUCAGACCACGGGGAGUUGGCCAUGGAACACCGACAGUUUUAUAAGAUGAGUAUGUACGAAGCUAGCUCCCAUGUCCCACUCUUGAUCAUGGGGCCGGGAAUUCAGGUCAACCUGCAAGUAUCAAGUGUGGUUUCUCUUGUGGAUAUUUACCCUACUAUGCUUGAUAUUGCUGGAAUUCCUCUGCCUCAGAACCUGAGCGGAUACUCUCUGCUGCCAUCAGCAUCAGAAAUGUUUAAGAAUGAACAAAAAUUCAAAAACCUACAUCCACCCUGGAUUCUGAGUGAAUUCCAUGGAUGCAAUGUAAAUGCUUNGUUAUUCAAUUUUUUUUUUCUUUCAGAUCUUUCCUCAGAUCCAGAUGAAUUAACAAAUAUUGCUGCAAAAUUUCCAGAAGUUACUUCUUCUUUGGAUCAGAAGCUUCGUUCCAUUAUUAACUACCCUAAGGUUUCAGCUUCUGUCCACCAAUACAAUAAAGAGCAGUUUAUCAAGUGGAAACAAAGUAUAGGGCAAAACUAUUCAAAUGUCAUAGCAAACCUUAGGUGGCAUCAGGACUGGCUGAAAGAACCAAAGAAGUAUGAAAAUGCCAUUGAUCAGUGGCUUAAGUCCCACUCUGAUCCAAGAACAAUUUGAACAACAAAAAAGAAAAGAGUGUUUAAGAGUUAUAUAGAAAUAUGUACAAAAUCAUGAUUCAUUAUACAUUUUAAAUGUUACUUUUAAUAAUUACUGAUUUUAAAUUAAAGAAUGUACUCUUUUAAGAUACCAAUCAUUAUAGAAUAAUAUAUUUUCAAAAUGAUUACUAUCAAGACCUUACUCUUACCAACUUCUAACAACUUAAAGGGAGUAUUAAAAGGAUGGAAACAAAUACUAGAACAUAAAGUUGUGUUCCUCUGAAUAUUAUGGAAUAUAGAAUAUUUUAACCAUUACUAAAAUUAUUACUUAUGAACCAUAAAAUAGUUAGUUUUGAGUAUUUGAUGGUGUAUGAUGAGUUAUUUUUAUCUGAUUGGACAUAGAUCAUUUGAAUGUAUUUGAUGGGAGAAUUUGGAGUAUUUUAUGGGACACAGACCAUGGAUAUGGCUGAUUUUAUUCAAAUUUUUUUAAUAGGCAAAAUAUAUGCACAAGGUAUAAAUUUCAAAAAGGUACUAAAGGGUUAGCAAUGAGUGUGAAGUCUCUUUUCUUUUCCAAUCCCUCAACCAUCCAGUUCUCCUUUUUGGAGAUAGCUACUGUAACCGCCUUCCUGUGCAUCCUUUGAGAGACAGCACUGCCCCACCCCCAACAAAUGGUAGCAUACCAUGCAAAAUACCUUGCUCUCUUUUUCUCCACUUUAACAAAGACAUCUAGAAGUGACAUUGCUGGGGCAAGACUAUAUCUAGCAAAAUUACUCUAGACACUCCUAUAUUAACCCUACAAAAGUUAUACCAAUUUAUAUUCUCACUAGAAAUAUGUGUCCUCACAUUUAUUGCCAGUUGGUCAGAUAUAAAAUAUCUUAUUGUUAUUUUCCUUAUUAUGUGUAAGGAAGAUCAUAUUUUCAUAUUUUUAAUGGCCAUUGGAAUUUUCUUUACCAUGACCUUUUCCUUUUAUAUACUUUGCCUAUUUUCUGUUGGUUAUUUGUCUUUGUUAUUACAGGCAUACUUUAGAUAUUAGCUCUCUGUCUGUUAGAGAAGCUGCAAAUAUUUUUUUCCUUUUCAUAAUUUGUAUUUUGACUAGUGCCCUAGUGUUUGUUGACAUGUAGAAAUUGGUUUUUCAUGCAGUCUGAUUUAUGAAUCUUUGCUUUUGUGGCUUUGGGAUUUUGUGUCAUAUUUAGAAUGGCUUUUCCUACCUAUCUUCAUUUAGUUUUAUUUUUCCCUCUUAGAUUUUUAACCCAUGGAAUGUAUUACAUAUUAGAGAUCUAACUUUACCUUUUUUUUUUUUAAGAUGGCCACCCAAUUGACCUCUUAUUGAGAAAAGUAAUAUUCAUUCCAUCGGUUAGAAAAUGCCACUUUGCUAUAUAACAACUUUAAUUGAAUAAAUGAUCUUUUCCUCUA